AUGUCUCUGCACUUUUCUUCGGCAUCCAGACGGCUUGGCUCUUGCGGAGGAGCGGGAUCCUUAAGGCUUUCCAGUGGGGGGGCAGGUUUGGGGGCUGGAAACGCCUGCGGUGUGCCAGGCAUCGGAGGCGGCUUCUCCUGUGCCUUUGGGGGCAGCUCGGUUGCUGGAGGCUAUGGCGGAGGGCUGGGCGGGGGAAGUGCUUCUUAUGCGGCCUUUACCGGGAACGAACACGGCCUCCUCUCCGGCAACGAGAAGGUGACCAUGCAAAACCUCAACGACCGCCUGGCUUCCUACCUGGAGAACGUUCGAGCUCUGGAGGAGGCCAACGCUGACUUGGAGCAGAAGAUCAAGGGCUGGUAUGAGCAAUUCGGACCUGGUUCUUGCCGUGGUCUCGAUCAUGAUUACCGCCGAUACUUCCCAAUAAUCGAUGACCUUAAGAAUAAGAUAAUUUCUGCAACUACAAGUAAUGCCAGUGUUGUCCUGCAAAAUGACAAUGCAAGACUGACGGCUGAUGACUUCAGACUAAAGUUUGAAAAUGAACUGGCCCUUCACCAGAGCGUGGAGGCGGACAUCAACGGUUUGCGCAGAGUCCUGGAUGAGCUGACCUUGUGCAGGACAGACCUGGAGAUCCAGCUGGAGACUCUGAGCGAAGAGCUGGCCUGCCUCAAGAAGAAUCACGAGGAGGAAAUGAAGGCUCUGCAGUGCGCAGCGGGAGGCAACGUGAACGUGGAGAUGAACGCGGCCCCCGGGGUGGACCUCACGGUCCUGCUGAACAGCAUGCGAGCCGAGUACGAGGCCCUGGCGGAGCAGAACCGCAGGGACGCCGAGGCCUGGUUCAACGAAAGGAGCGCUUCGCUACAGCAGCAGAUUUCUGAUGACCAGGGCGCCACCACCUCAGCUCGGAACGAACUUACUGAGAUGAAACGUACUCUUCAAACCCUGGAGAUUGAACUUCAGUCCCUCUUAGCAACGAAACAGUCCCUAGAGUGCUCCUUGACAGAGACGGAGAGCAACUACUGUGCGCAGCUGGCGCAGAUCCAGGCUCAGAUCGGGGCCCUGGAGGAGCAGCUGCACCAGGUCAGGACCGAGACCGAGGGCCAGAAACUCGAGUAUGAGCAGCUCCUGGACAUCAAGGUCCUCCUGGAAAAAGAAAUCGAGACCUACUGCCGCCUGAUUGAUGGAGAGGAUGGCUCUUGUUUUAAAUCAAAAGGCCACAGAGGUCCAGGAAACCAGAUGAAAGAUUCAUCUAAAGCAGCCAUCGUUAAAACAGUUGUCGAAGAAAUAGAUUCUCGUGGCAAAGUUCUGUCAUCCAGAGUUCAUACCACGGAAGAAAAAGCCACCAAGGUCAACCCCAAGAGUGAACAGAGGGUGCCUUCCUGA